AUGUCUGGAUACGGUGACUCUUGGACCUCUGGUCAGCGUGGUCAACGUGGUGGUCAGCGAGGCUUGAAUACCAACGACAGCAUGGGUUCUGAUCCCUCACAGAGGUACUCCGGCGGCUAUGAUCAGGGGUAUGGUCAGCAAGACCCCAUGAUGCAAAGUGGCCAGGGUGGCUAUGGCCAAAGCCAAGGACUUGGGGGAACUCACGGGGAUACCACCCAGGCAUACCCUCAGGCAGGUGGUGGGCAAGCUGGAUAUGGACAAACGGGUUCUGGUGGUCAAGGAAUGCAAGGCUCUCGAGUUGGAGCCGACGACCCUGGGGACCAAGGAUUCUCUAGUCAGCAGGGCUCACAGGGAACGCAAGGUCAACAGCAUCAGGGGGAGGGAAAACAACACAAGUCCGGCAUCUUGGGCAAUCUCGGCGAGAAGGUGCAGAAGACCGCCGAGAAGAAAUUUGGAAUGUGA